GCCGGGUGACAGCGAGCUGUAGCAGCCGGAUGGGCCCUGGCAUCGUCAUGGCGGCCGGCGGGCGGGUCCUGCUCGUGUCCCUGCUGCUGUGCCUGAGCGGGCCGGGGCUUGCGCGGGGCUGGGACCAGCCGGGGAGAGUUUUGUUGCGGGAGGUCCAAGCUCUCACUUUCUACAGAGAUCAAUAUACUACUUCUCGGCGGACAUCUCCAAUUCCCCAGUUACAAUGUACUGGAGGUACAGCUGGAUGUGCAUACGUCCCCGCGAUUGUUCAGUGUCAUAACAAAGGCUGGGAUGGCUUUGACAUACAGUGGGAGUGUAAGGCAGACUUGGACAACUCCUAUCGCUUUGGAAGAAUCGAAGUGAGCUGUGAAGGCUAUGAUUAUCCAGACGACCCUUACAUCUUAAGGGGAUCUUGUGGUUUGCAGUACGGGUUAGAGUUAACCGAGGAAGGCCAAAGAAAAGCAAACAACUUUGGUGGAAGCUUUGGCUCCAGCUAUUACCAGUCAAGUAAAGUGAAUUCUCAGGAUUCCUCUAACUCUGUUGCUGGAGUGAUCGUCGUAAUAGUACUUCUGCUCCUUGCUUAUGGAUGUUACAAGCUAUUCCUCAGUAAUCGGCUGCCUCAACAGGAUUUCUUUAAUGGUGAUGGAUACUCUAGGACGUCUUGGCAGAAUAGUCAGGCACCACCUCCUCCUGGUUUUAAAUCCAGCUUCACAGGAGCUGGUGGUUUUGGUGGCAGUUCCAGUUCUGAGGCCAAUUUAGGAGGAGGAUUUUGGACUGGACUCGGAACAGGAGGCCUACUAGGAUACUUGGCUGGUAGUCAAAGGGCACGACCACAUUCCUCAUAUUUUCCGUAUGCCAAUCCAUAUGCCGGUCCUACCGCUCCUCCUCCUCCAGGUGGAAAUUCAAGUGGCUUUACAGGGCCUCAUACCUCAGGGACAAGAACUGCUUCUGGCUUUGGAGGCACAAAAAGGAGAUGAUGUUCUUGGUUCCCUGGCACGGUUGCAGUUAAAUACACUCUUCCUCCCUGCAUUUUAGUGCCUUCUUUUUGAAAUAUGGAGCUUCAGUUUUAAAACCUAUUGAAAUCCUUCUCCAGAGGACUUAUGGGCUGGGUGUUGAGUUAGAAAUAUCUCCACAGCUUAGAGUUUAUUUUAAUAAGAUGGUCCUUGGAUUUAGAUGUUGUAGAUGUUACGCUUUGGAUAUCUGUUUUGAAAAGAAAAUGGAGAGAAGAUCGGUGAGCAGAUACUGCUCUUGGUGGUGAGAAAAGUUGUUUUGAUGUGUUCAGACUAAAGUCGGUAUGACUGUGUUGGAGAGGAAUGAAUAAAUAAAUAUAGGCAAUGAGUUUUUCAUAGCCCUAACAGAGAGGUUGGAUACUACCAUCUUGUUUAGAGAUUUAGCAGGUAUCAAAACAUACCCUAUUUUUCUAUAAUAAAAACAAAGUCCUCCAAGUUUACAAAGGGAUAUCUUACCAAUCUGGCCAUGGUGUCUGUCCCAGUCUUCCAAAAUAACUAGCUUACCCGUGCCCUGGGAGCCAGUUCUUGUCAACCAGUUUCUCAGUCUUUGUGCUCCAGCAUUUGCAAGCCAGUGGGGACACUGGGACGCCAGCAAACUGGGUAAUAAACACUCAAGCCCAGCUUCUCAAAAGCUAUUAUUGAAAUCAAUGGAAGAGAAAGGAGCCUAAAUAUCUUUGAGGAUCUGGACCUCAGUACAUAAUGAAGCCUGGCAUGUAAGGAAUUGUUCACCUCAGUGCUGUUUUCUGAAGAUCCAUUUGGGCUCUCUUUCACUUACUGUAACACCCAUACAUUCUAUAACAGUGAAUUCAAUUAAUCAUAUAUGCAGACAUUGUCCAUAAUUGAAGGACUCUUUCUGCCCUUGUCCCACAUGUAAUGGGGAUCUUGGCAUCAACGCUGAGGCCUGAAGGUUGAAUAUUUGAAGGCUUCUUUGCUUUAUGAUUCAUCCUUGAAAUGACAUGACUUAUGUGUAUUAUUAGGUAUUAAGUUUUUUAAAUAUAUAUCCACUGGUUCAUGUAACACUGGGUGUCUUAGCCUAGAUAAGGAGCCACUGGCCAUUGCCUUUAACUCCAAUUCUUGUCAGAGCAGAUUGAUGUGGUGUUAAAUGCUUAUGGCCACAGCUGUCUUGUCUAUAGUAGGGCUCCAGAUGUUUCAACCAUGGGUGUUCGCUAUGAAAGCUCUUACCAGAAAAAUCCUUAGUGCAGACACAGCUUAUGCCUCAGCCACCAUCCUUCCUUUAGGGAGAACUGGCCAGGACUCAAUUGGUUGGGAGUGAUCACUGUCAUUUGACAAAGAGCCUUGCUGCCCCUAAUCAAAAACUAAAAUGUCUUCCUCCAGAGCACAGCAGACCUUGAGACUGAGCCCAGAACGUGAAUCCGGGUCUCCUAGGAUAUGUCUACAUUGCAGCUUGGCGGCGUGGUUCCUAGCACGGGUAGAUAGCUUGAGCUGAGUUAGUGAGAGUCUAGCACACUAAAAAUAGCAGUGGGAUGUUACAGUGCAGGUGGUAGCUCAGGCUACCUGCCCAAGUUCAGACCCAGGGGUCAGGUGGGCUUGGACUAGGGCAACCAGCCAAUGCUCUAACAGCCACAGUGAUCUUUUUAGUGCACCAGCUUGAGUGCUAAAAUCACACCUUCAGGCUGCAGUUUAGGCAUUCCCCUAUAGGGCUGUGUCUGAGCCAGCUUUGCAGAUUUUGUUUUUAAAAAUGUUGUAGCCUUUUUCUGUAACGUGGACCUGUGGCCUUCGGCAUUGCUUUCUGAUGCUAUUUUGGAACCACCAAUGAUGGGGUCUGUGGGAGCUUCCCCUACCCUCCUCACAUCAUGAGCUGGGAAGGGAAGAGGCGCUGCAUUAAAAAGCAAAGAAAUAGGAUCCUCUAAGGACCACUGGAGGUAUGAAGAGAAUAGGACACUGAGGUCAGGUAUACACCAGAAACUCUUGAUGGUAUAGUAAUGGCAGUUCCAGUGGUAAUUUUUUAGUGACAUUUCUAUACCAGCAAAAGCCCUAAUGUAAACCUGGCCUUAGCGCUAGUAGGUGCAAAAAGAAAAAUAUAACCACAACUAUUAUUAAGCACGGAUGCAAUUGUUUAAGACUAUCUUGCCUGAGUUUGGGGCUUGUUUCAUGCAAGAAGACUACAUUUAUCAGAAUCCUGUUAACCAAGAAACUAUUCAGAAUGUGGAACUGACGCUAAAAGUAGUCCCAAAUUUGUAGUAAUUUUGUACUUCACCAUCUGAGAUCUGGAUCUGCUUUCUGCUGGACUAGUGGGGACCAAGACUACUGCAGGAACACCACAGUCAGGCCUUGGCUUGCUCAUUAAUGAUCCUGACAGCCAAAGAAGAAACACUGUUAAAAAAACUCUUAACUGUCUGUGUUUGAGCCAGUCCCCUGUAUACAGCCAGAAAGACAGUAACUGAUCUGGGAGGGUGGGCAGGUCGAGGGAUAGGAGUUUUGCUGUUUAAAGCUGCCCGAGGACCACAUGGUUGUUGGGGGAGAGGAGUUGAGCAGGUUCAUUUUCUCUCUCAAUCUAGAGAACAGAAUAAGCUUUAAAAUAGAAUUAGUCUUACUGUUGGCUUGCUAGAAUGCGUGUGUAACUAUCUUAGCUCUUAGGUAGUGUGGGGAGUAGUAAAUGGUAGCAAGGGGUUGAUAGCUUUUUUUGGUGGGGUUUUUGGCCAAGUCGAGUGAAGUAGCUUAUUCUUACUUAGCUAAAAAAUAUCAAGAGAGCUAUGUAUCAUGCCAUUUAAUUCGUAAUGAUUUUCUCAUUGAAAUGUAAUAUAUAAUUUAGCUUUUUUAGCAUUUUGUUUCCUUGCUAUGCAAGAUAAAUAUCCAUUAUCAUAGAACUGUCUGGAUGGAGUUUGAAUUCUGUGCUUGGCUUAGAAAUACAUAAUUGUGUAUAUAACAUGCUUCAGAUAAUGCUUUGAUUUGUAUUUUGAAUAUUAUGUAUUUGUUCUGAUGUGUAACCUUGAUGACAUUGAUAUUUCUACAGCCCUA